AUGUUAGGUAUAGUAAUUAUCUACAUUUUCGCUAGAGCCAUCCUCAGUAAUCCAAAGAUUCUGCUCCUUGACGAAGCCACAAGCGCCUUGGACGUUGAAUCAGAGCUUGUGGUACAAGAAGCAUUGGAUCAUCUAAUGAAGAACCGGACCACGGUGGUGGUGGCUCAUCGGUUAUCCACAAUCAAGAACUCAGAUAUGAUAAGUGUAAUACAAGAAGGUAAGAUCAUAGAGCAAGGAAGCCACAAUAGCCUCGCUGAGAACAUCCAUGGUCCUUACUCUAAGCUCAUCAGUCUUCAGCAGCAGCAACAACAACUUCCUUGA